AUGGUGAUAUGCUCCUUGGAGAUCCUUGCUGGAGAAAGCAUUCCUGAAUUUGUGGAAAAACCUUGUCUGCUGGCAACACCUGAGGGGGUUCCAAUUCAGUUCGUCAGCAAUCUCAAGAACACCCAAGUGAAAAAGAAGGGAAAAGCCUGCCUGGAACGUGCGCUGACUUCUGAAGAUGUCACCCUGAAAGGGAUGUAGAAUGGAUGAGUGAUUGAGAGGUCUCCUCAGUACAUCAUGAAGCAUGAAGGGAAGAGAGCAGUGCUUAUCAUUAAUGCUGCUGAGCUGAGUGACUCAGGAGAUUGCACAGCCAUCUAGGCUACGCAAGACAGUGACCCUAAUGAGCAGUACAGCAGUGCCAGUGUAGCUGUGGAAGAGACAUUUGCAACCAUGAAGAAUGUGUGUGACAUUCAUGCUCUAACUGGGGAUCCUGCCGAGCAUUGUGUUGUCCUGAACGACACGAAGGUGGAAGGAAUAUGGCUUAAUGAUGGCAAAUAGAUUACGGACAUGAAAAGGAUCUGCGUAGCGAAGCAGGGAGCCAUCCACAAACUCAUCAUUGACAGAACGGGAGAGGAGCAUGAAGGGAGGUACACGUUCAGAGCCAAGGGGGCAGAGAGUGGAGCAACAGUUGCCACUAGAGAUUCUCCUGUUAUUGAAGAAUCUGUCCUCGAGCUUUUUGCUGCACACAGCGUUACUGUGAAGACUAAGCAUACAACAAGCACCAAGGUGCCUUUCAAGGCAAAGCCAGUGGCCGAAGUCACAUGGUUCAAAGAUGGUAUUGAGGUGACAGAGGAAGAGAAAGUGGUGAUGGAGAAAGCCAGUGACUGUGUUACAAUCAAAACCUGUGUGAGAGAAGACAUGCUGAAUCUGAAAAGUGACUGUGGCUUGGCUUCUGACAAUCCUUACCUCAACUUUGUUAAGUCUCUGAGACAGGUGUCUCAGCCUCAAGUUGUAGAUGUCAGGAAAGAAGCUGUCACCAUCACCUGGAACGCCCCAGUCCAGGACGGAGGCUCCCCAGUGCAAGGUUACCCCAUAGAAAAAAGGAAGAAGGGCAGCAAUUUUUGUGUCCCAAUCACCAAGGAGCCAGUCCCAAAGUUUGAUCUGACGGUGAGGCUGAAGAGCCACAUGGUGGUUUGUGCUGGGACAGCACCAAGCAUUCAUACAUCUUUCCCUGGCUCCCCACCACCACCAGUGAUGUGGCAAAAAGAAAUCAUAUCAACAAGAGGGAGGACAAGAACCAUUCCCAGCCUUAUUCACAGCACCAAGCAAUUUGUUUCUGACCUGUACCAGACUAUCCUCAAGAAUAGUUACAGAAAAAUCCUUUACGACAUUCAAAAGCAAGUUACAGAUUUCCCCUGACCACCCACUAAUCUGCAGCUGGUUGAAGAAGUCCCAAACACUGUGACCCUAAAUCAUAGUUCAGAUGUGGAAGACAACUAGCAGACUGAUUAUGGUGUCCUGAAAUGUGAUGUCAGUGCCGCCGCGUGGUUCACCGCCGCAGAGAAUGUCUACAGCAAUAAGCACACUGUCACAGGCUUGCUCCCAGGGAGGAAAUACUUUUUCUGAGUCGUAGUCUGCAAUGAAACUGGGGACACUGACCCUCUGGAUUCACAGGAGCAGUGGUACAUGUCCAAAGACAGAGAUGAGGACCUGGCCCCAGAAAAUUUAAGUGACUUACCCAAGGCCGCAAAAGGAGCAAGCAUGGAUAAAAGGCAGGAGAAGUACCCACGAAGACUUCUGUCAUGA